AUGGAGUCGAGACGGUUAAAAUCUGUAGAGCACUCUUUCCUCGCCGUGAUGGAACAGUUUUUGCAAACGGUGGAUUUGAUGGAUCAUACGGUCCUGAUUCCCAUGAAGUUGAUUGAUCUGCCCGUAAAGGAUCUUAUGCCUGCGAAAGGUUCCGCGGCCGAUUCGUUUCUGCAAAACAAUAUGAACAUGAGGGCAUUCUAUUUAAUGGUGAAAGCGAUGCGAAUUAAAUUGUCGCUUGGACAUAGCCAUUACAGCGAAGAUGAAGAGAGCCUUGUUCCGCUAGAACGGGAAAUUCGAGAAUCUUGUCACCGUUUAAAUCAGCUCGCCUUGGUCGCCAGGUACAUCAAAACUUCGACGCUAAAUCUGGGCCCGAAUGACGAGCUUCCCUCUUUUCAAAAUUUUAAAAACAAAACUCUCCUUACUGCUGAAAAUUGUCUUCUCGGCGCGUUGAAGAGAUUUGUCGAUGAGGUGGAAUCCUUGGAGAAGUCAGUUCUUUUUCCUUGCCUGUUGAAAGAUUACCGAGUUAGCGAGCAGAUGCCGCAGUUUAACGAAGGGAUCCAAACUCUUUACGAUGUUUUCGCACUGCUCAAGACCGUGCGAGCGGAACUGCUGUCAGGAUCGCGGAAUUUCGAGCUGCCAGAUGCCAAACUGCAACAGAAGUUAUCCGAACUGCUUCAGACUUUUUCUCGUUAUACUGUCAUGGCGAGAAACCUCACUGCCCGCUACGAAGAAGAGGUGCGAUGUUCUUGA